GCAACAUUGACGUACUGUCAUUUCAGUUUUUUUACUCUAUUUAUUCAGCUUGAUUCAGCUAUGCGCCAUUUAGUGCAAUAGAUCGGCGGAUGUCUGCAGAUUUUAGCACAUCUUUAAAUAAAACGCUAUACAACGCAAGUGCAAUGGCUGGGUGGAUCUGACGUAGCACCGUCUGCGCGACAUCCCAGCAACCCGCUUUCGCAUUUUUUUCGUGUAACAAUUUCGAGCCGGCACGUCGUUUUCUUCAUUUAAGUGUUAUUUGGAUAGAUCUUUUGUUGGUUCGUGUUGAGUGAGUGCAAUAUAGUGACCGUGCAGUUUCUGUGAGUUCGUGGAGGCUUGACAGAUAACAACAACAAACAAUCCUGCAAAACAACUUUCCAAAUUAAAAAUCCUCAAGACUGUUUAAAUUAUACAUAGCUUUUUCGUAGUUCUAAAGAAAGUUCGGAGCGGUAACAAAAGAAGCAGGCAAAAUAGUGAGAGAGAAUCAAAAGACGGAUUUAGCUAUUUAUUUAAUUAAUUAAUUAUCAAUUAUUAUUAAUAAUCUGUUAUAAUUAUAUUUUCUAUUUAUCCAUUGUAUUGUAUAGUUUAAUACGAAUAUGUUUUUUUAAUUCGCCAAUCACAAAGAUUUAUUGGAUAAUGAUAGAGAAAGUAGACGAAUAUAAAAGUGAGGUAUAUGUCAAAUGCAGUAGAGUUUCUUAUUGAUUAAUGGAGCAUCAUGGAUAUGUCAUCAAAUGUUUCGUUGAGAAACAAGCAAAGAAAAGAGAACCUUAUUACGAGGAAGCAGGAUAAGUCUCCGGAGAAAACGAUAAGGGGCACCAGGGGUGCCUACAGAGGUAUACCCUCGACCUCGAAGCGGACGGAUGAGGAAAACGAAACAGGUUCCACAGAAAGACUGGACAGACCAAAGAAAUUCAUAUCGCAGAAGAGCAACUAUGGAUUGGGAAAGAGACCCGACUUCUUGAAGAACAGAAAUGUGCAUUUAACUUCGUCACGUUAUGGACAGAUGACAUCAGGCCUCCACGGGCACGGCCAUCAGAUCUCGCAGCCCGCCCACCACCUCGACUCGAACGUACUGACGCCCAAGGAGAAGACUGUACACGGGAAAGAGAAGACAUUCAAGGUGGUGGUGGGCGGUGAAGUAGGCGUGAUGAAAACACCGGUGCUGGGCCCGCGGCCGUACAACGCGCUGGCCAUCAUACACACGCAGCAGAGCAACACCUUCGAGAUGCUCAACUCGCUCACCACUAGCGUUGCAAGUCAACCUGUAGUGGGCGUGGGAGUGGGCGUGGGCGUGGGUGUGGGCGGGUACCGGCGCCGCAGUUCGGGCACGGGUGCGCUCUGCGACCCCGAGCUGGACGACAGCGGGAACAAGCUCGUCGCGCGGCUCGAGGACGACGCAUUCAUAUCCGAACAGGAUUUGGAGGAGAAUAUUCAGAUAGCGUCAGGGACGGCGCAAGGUCUACCACACCCCACCACCGAUCCCACAGGCGAAGCUCAGCAAGAGGAACAACAGAAUGGUCUGGUGUAUAGUCCUAUGUACAAGUUGGAUAAGUUGGAGUUGCAGAAGGAAAAGAAGGAGGAUAAAGAAGACGAGGAGGAGCCAAUUGGUGUGUCACCAUGUGGGAGGUUCUUCAAGUAUGACAAGGAGGUGGGACGCGGUUCCUUCAAGACGGUAUAUCAUGGACUAGACACGCAAACUGGCGUCGCCGUCGCCUGGUGCGAACUGCUGGAGAAAAAAUUGAAUAAAACCGAGCGACUUCGGUUUCGGGAGGAGGCUGACAUGCUGAAGAAACUCCAGCAUCCGAACAUAGUCAGGUUCUACAACUACUGGGAGGGUACAGUCGCUAAGAAGAAGAAUAUUGUUCUGAUCACGGAGCUCAUGCUGUCUGGCACCCUCAAAACCUACCUUCGCCGGUUUAGUACCUUGGGACUGAUACGCAUCAACCCCAAGGUGCUUAAGUCAUGGUGCCGACAGAUACUCAAGGGUCUCAACUUUCUGCAUUCUAGGACCCCACCCAUUAUUCACAGGGACCUGAAGUGUGACAACAUCUUCAUCACAGGCACGACGGGCAGCGUCAAGAUCGGAGACCUGGGUCUCGCCACUCUCAAGAACAGGAGUUUCGCCAAGUCCGUCAUAGGCACGCCGGAGUUCAUGGCGCCGGAGAUGUACGAGGAGCACUACGACGAGUCGGUGGAUGUCUACGCGUUCGGUAUGUGCAUGUUGGAGAUGGCUACGGGCGAGUACCCCUACAGCGAGUGCUCUGGGCCUGCGCAGAUAUACAAGAAGGUCGUCUCGGGAGUGAAGCCACAGAGCUUAGAGAAAGUCACGAUACCUGAGGUUCGGGACAUCAUCGAGUCGUGCAUUAGGCCGAAUAAAGCUGACAGGCCUAAAGUAAAAGAUCUCCUAAACCACGAGUUCUUCGGCGAAGAUAUUGGUCUUCGAUUGGAGAUUGUGGGCCGCGACCUGGUCACCUCCUCCGACAUCACUAAGAUCCAGUUCCGGCUUAAGAUCAUCGAUCCAAAAAAGAGGUCGUAUACCCACAAAGAGAACGAAGCGAUUCAAUUCGAGUUCGACAUGGAGAGCGAUGACUGCGAGGAGGUGGCCAACGAGAUGGCGAAAGCCGGCCUCAUCAUGGAGGAGGACGCGCGGAUCGUGUUCAAGCUGCUCAAGUCACAACUCAUCAGCCUCAACAGGGAGAGGAGUGAGAAGAAAGCUCAGAUGUUGUUCAACCAGGAACUGAUCAAUGAGCAGAAUAUACAGAAGCAGCUGCUGCUGGAGCAACAGUUAAGACAGGUGAAGAUGAUACAGAAUCAGCAGCAGGGUGGUCCAGUGGAGCAGGUGAAGGCGGGAUUACUCAACGGCGUCGGCACACAGCCGGCCCUCGGUGGGGUGCAAUUGGAUCAGCAAUCUCAGUUACUGCAAGCACAACAGCAAAUUCUCCAACACCAGUUCCAGCAGUUGAACAAUCUGAACAAUGAAGAAAAGGCGAUGAAACUACUCCAACACAACCUCAUGCAGGCCAGGAUAUCGCCCAGUGACCAGCAGUUACUGCAACAGCAGGCGUUGUUGGAACAGAACAUUAAGCAACAGGUAAUGAUGGAACAGAAUCUCUUCAACCAACAAAUAUUAGAACAAGCUACAGUUCAAGGUCAGCUGUUGGAGCAACAAGCACAACAGAAGUUAUUAGAAACAAAUCAAUCUCAAAAUCAAUUACAGCCGACAUUACUAAACCAACAAUUGACCGCAGAAUUAAGCAACCAGAAUCAGGUUUUGCAACAACAAAUCAUCCAACAGCAACAGAAUAUAAUCGCGCAGCAGGCAGUCGCAAUACAACAGAAGCAGCUGGAGGAGCAGUUUACUCAGGAGAACAUUAUUAGCACACCACAGAAUCUCGCCACUGGGCAAAUAUUGGAUCCGUCACUACAGAAUCUUCAAAAUAUCCUAUCACAAAUCAUUCAAAGACCAGACACAUUGCAGUCAAGAAAAGAAUCAGAAUCAGAAAACCAACAAGCGCAGCAACAACAAACUCAGCAAGUCUUAAAUCAACAAUCUGAUAGCGUAGAACAACAGCAAAUUCAACAGGAACAAGAUAUACAGCAAAUGCAGAAUUUGAUAGGAGCACAAAUUCAACAACAGAAUAUGAAUAUUCAGCAGAACCAACAAUACAUUCAGCCGAUACUGUCAGGCGUUGAUCCCACUAUACUCGCCCAGCAACAACAAGUGGCACAGGUUCAACAACAAAUUACGCAGGCUCAACAUCAGCUCAAUAUGCAGAAGCAGAUGUUGGCACAACAACAGCUGGUGCUUCAACAACAAAUGCUGCAACAACAACAAUUACAGAUGCCGGGACAGACAUUAUCACCACAGCAUUUAAGAAAUCUACAACAACAACAGUAUUUAGCUCAACAAGAAUUGCAGUUGCAGACUCAACAGAAUUUGAUCGAAAGACAGAAUCUCGCAUUACUUGCACAGAAGCAGCAGCUAAUGGGACAGCAACAACAGAAAGUAGAGGAGAUACUCCGAGCUCAGAGGCCAAUGUAUACAAGGCAAGGGUCAGAACAAAGUCAAAUUAGCACAACAGAUAUUCAUGACCAGCAACAGAUGUUAAUUCCGGAUCAUUACCAACAGAAACCUCCUCUACAGCCACAAAUGUCAAUAGAUCAAAUGCAGUAUCACAAUCAGUAUACAGAAAUGCAGAAUCAGAUACAAAAACAGCAGUCUAUACCGUCAGAAGAACACAACUACCAGCAGCAUCGAAUGCAUCCUAUGCAAGGUCAAUCUUUACCACAUAAUAUGCAAAUGGCUCAGAAUUUCAAUGUGGUACAACAGAGUGAGGUGCAGAUAUCUAGUCAUGAAGGCACACCAGUGCAAAAUUAUACUGCGAACCCGCUCCAGAUGUACCAACAAGGUCAGAGCCAACCCAUGCAGUCAAUGAUGCAGAACAUGCAGUACAAGGUUGACCAAAAUAUAUCAUCAUCAGUGACGCAGAACAUUCCACAGCCAGUCACGCAGGACCCGGCUUCACAACAAAUUAAUACGACGCAAUCAAUACCAAACACUGUCUCGUCUAUUCCACUGUCGGUAUCAUCUGUUCCGCCUGUAUCUCAACCCGUUCAACCUAUCCCACAAUCUAUUCAAUCGCUACCUGUAUCUGUACCCCCAUCUGUGCCUCAGUCCAUGGCUCCCGUUCCAGCAUCUGUCUCUCAACCAAUUCAAUCGGUUCCACAGACAGUUUCAACUAUUUCUCAACCAGUUACAUCUAUUCCCCAACAAAUUUCGUCUAUCUCCCAACCAGUUUUAUCUAUACUUCCAUUAGUUUCUUCUGUCUCUCAAACAGUUUCAACUGUUCCUCAACUGGUUUCGUCUGUUCCUCAACCAGUUUCCUCUGUUUCUCAACCAGUUUUACCUGUUCUUCAAUCCGUGUCUUCCGCACCUCCGACUGUCACACAGCCUACGUCGAUUCCAUCGUCCAUUCCAUCUGUCCCACCUAUCCAGGAAUCAGUUCCUCAGCAACUUAAUCUUCCAUCAGAACACUCCGAGGGUUUCCAAAGUAAUGGUGGUCAGAAGGAGCAGUUCUUGACGCCCAUGAGCGAGUUCCCGUCUGGCACGACUCAUGUUGAAGCAAUCAGACAUCCAGAGCUGACCUCGGUAGAGGAGAAACAGGCUGAAACACAACCAGAAGUGGGCACAGCCAUACCAUCUCCAAUUUCUAGCGACAAAAAGUCCAGAGGGUCUAAGAAGCGGUCCCGCGAAAAAGACAAGUUGCCCAAACUGACGGUGCUCGAAGUGAACGAGGCCGCCAACGUGGUGGAAUGUCAGCUCGAGUCCAAGUCUAAAACGGUCACCUUCAAAUUCGAUGUCACAGAUGUCAACCCUGAGGAAAUAGCGAGUAAUCUGGUAUCAAAUAAUCUGCUGCCCGAGUGGCAAAGUGCUACAUUCAUGGAACUGAUCAAGGAUAUAGUUAAUCAGCUGAUCACCAACCCCGGAGUUACGCCAGUACUCAACCCUGCGCACCAUUCCGCCCUCCGUCUCAAUAUUGACAAGACUGACUACGACUCGGAGACGACGGAGCGGGAGGAGAAUCUGACGGAUUCGAACCAGGACAACUCGGAGUGUACGACGCCGACCGCCAGCCACGACAACAUAGCGGCUGAGCUCGCGUACGAGCCCGAGCCCGAGCACGAGCACGAGCCGGCGCACGCCAAGCCCUCGCACGUAGAUACCGUGUCUAGGAAGAUCAGCACUGCCUCGUCUAUAGGUUCCAAUCAAUCGGAUGGUGGAUCAAUAGCACCCGAGCGUUCCGGCAGCACAGAGUCACAAAAUGGCGAGAGGAAAUCACAGAAGCCGUCUCGCAAGAUAUCCAGAUUUCUAGUCAGCCCGGUCGUGGACCGGGGGGAGGACGUCCCUGAAGAGAAGCUCGAGACUCAGGAGAAACUCGAGAUCAAAGAUCAGGUCAACGGCCUCCCAGAACCUGAGGGCCCAGUUAUUCCGCAAGAGAGCUAUGUUCCUACCCAUCAUUACACUGCACCCACACAAGUUCCGCAACCCAUAGUGUCAGACCACAGACCUGUAGAUAUAAAACCUGAACCAGAAAGCUCGAUUCCUCCCCUCUCAGGAGCUAUCACCACAAAUAUAGCGACAGUCUCACAAAUUCCAGUUCAGAAUGUGAAUCCUGUAUUGAAUGCGACGUUACAACCGAAUUUGAACCUAACUACCCCGCUGCAGAUCGCGACGGAUACUCCGCUGCUGGGGUUGAGUCAGGUGGGGACCCCGAUGGGGAUGGGGACGGAUUUGGGGCUGGGUUUGGGGUUGGGCGCCCCACUGCAUGCCACGUUAACGCCUACGCCGCCCGUCAGCGACUCGCUGCCCAACGCUGAAAAUAUUCAAAGGAUGUUACUGAAGCAAAAUAUUAUAAAUCAGCAGCAGAAUAUGUCCGGACCCAACCUAUUAGGUUUACUAAACCAACCGCAGUUUCCCCAGCCUGAUCUCAGUCUCCAUAAUUCAAUACUCAACAAUUCACAACCAGUGGCGGGGAUGACGGCCGUGGCGGGUGUGGCGAGCCGCCUGCCGCCACAGUAUCCUCAGCAGAUCUACUAUCAGCCGAUGCUUGCCACCGCUAACGAUUUUAUAGCACUUCUUCCAGUACAACAACAAGCUCUCCAAACGUCGGUGAACCAGUUAGCUAACCAGCAGAUGCCGGGGUUCGGACUUGGACUGAGUCUGUCAACCCCACUGCAGACCAGCCUAGCAUCAAACCUGGGUCUACAGCAGCAGAACAUCAAUCUCGCCACACAAAACCUAGCGCUUAAUCAGAACUUGAUGAGUCAGAAUAUGGGGCAAAACUUAGGUCUAGCCGGCCAAAACUUAGGAUUAGGGGGUCAGAAUCUCAUAGGUAGUCAGAACCUGGCGUUGAGCGGUCAGAACUUGGGCCUGAGCGGACAGAACCUCGGGCUCAUGGGGCAAAACCUCGGGCAACUAGUCGCACAUAGGGCUGUGCAUCAUGCGUUAGCGCGCAGGGCUGUCGAUAUGGAGAUAGCGGGUAUGACGAACGCGAACUCUACGGGCUCAUCACAGCCGAGCACGCCCAACAAGGCGCAGUCGUACAACGAGUACAUGCUCACACUGCAGCACAAACUUGCCUCAAUCUCCAACAGUGGUCCGGUAUCGCCGCAGUCUCCGCUGGAGUACAGCCCUGCAUUGUCGCCCACGCAGCGGCCUCUCCACGCGCUACAAGCGCUGCAAGCGCUUCACAAGGCGGACGGUUGCGAGGUCUUGGACGUGGGCGAGGGCAAGCGGUCGGUGGCUCAACACGUGGCGCAACUUGCCGACUUGGACCACGAACUGAGCAAAAUCAGUCUACACUACAAACAUGAUCAGCCCAAGAAUGUCUUCAUGGAGCACGCUGCAGAUGAACAUGACAUAUUAUCUGGCAACAUUAGCGGCAACUCUGGCAACGUAUACGAAGAUGCGAGCGCGGGCGGGUGCGUGGGUCCCACGGGCGUGUGUUCGGGAGUGGCGGGGGUAGCAGGCGUGGCGGGCGUGGCGGGCGUGGUGGGCGUGGCGGGCGUGGCGGGCGUGGCGGGCCCCGCCGGCAGCUCCCGGUACCACGUGGCGCGCGCCGUGCCCUGCCGCGGGUACGCGCUCUGUCGACUGCUGCACCAUCACCACCCCCACACGAAAGACAAAAUGGACCAGUUCCGGAGUGAGGCGAGCGAGUCCGUCGAAGCGGUCGAGGGGGAGGGGGACGCGGACGGGGACGGGGAGGGCGAGGGCGAGGGGGGCGACGACGAGGUGUCGUGCGACAACUCGUGGUGGUCGGACGCGGCCGACACCUACGUCAUCACGGACGCCACGCGCGCCGCCACCUACCUGCUGACGGACGCGCUCGCCGACCGUGUCGCCACCAUCAUCGACCCCAGUCGGUCGCCCGUCGCACCCGCGCCUGACCACGACCAAACCAAGUCCAGUCCCGAUCGGCCCGUGGCGGAACAAGAGCGUAGUUACCUGAUCGUGGACCCCGCACGUGAUAUGACCUGUACUGUGAUAGAUGGCACUCUCGACCUGGACGAGGACCACGCGUUCAGCGCCUUCAUUGAAGGGAAGUACUCGGUGAGGGACGCCGAUACAAGUCUGCCGGAGGCAACAGAGAGUACGUCGGCGAGUGAGGAGCUGGCUCGGUGGCGGCACGUGGAGGUGCCGGAGCGCGAGUGGCACGAGGGCGACCGUGUGGAGGCCGCGCCCGCCGCCGGCUGCGGCAGACAUGCGCUGCGGCUACACGGGCUCGCAGCUGACCUCGUCGUCGACGAGAUACUCACCGACAAAGUCGUGUGCCGGCAGGUGGUGCUGGUGUCGCUGCGGCCGUCGCCGGCGCAGUUAUGACAUGUCUAGCGAUUCACUUUGUACCUUAUAUUUAUUGUACGCUGUAACAUAUAUUAUAUCAUUACUCGUAAAUAAAAUAUUCAUA